AUGUUUUCCUGCAACUGCGGUCGACACUUUUACGCUUCUCGUGCACUGGAGCAGCACCAGAGAGCCAAGCGCCACUUUGUUCAUGCUAGUCAGUUCCGUUGCUGCGACUGCGAGCGAGACUUCAUCAGCGAGCGGGCUCUAGAACAACAUUUAACAGACAAGAUACAUAACAUCCCACAACGCCGGACCUCAGACCGGUUUUGCGAGCAGUGUAACCGCGAAUUUGGAAGCGUUCGGGCGCUAGAACAGCACAAUAGUUCGCUUGUCCAUCAACCGCUCAGCAACAUCAAAUGCAUCGGCGGUAGAUCAGGAAAACGGGGAUGUCAGCGCCGCUUCAGCAGCCCUUCAGCGCUGCUACAUCAUCUCGAGAGUGGCGCUUGUUCAUCAGGUCUCAACAGACAGAAGCUGAAUGCAGCAGUACAAAAAAAUGAUAUCGACCGAACUAUUACAACUGGCAUUGAAUUUACACCUGCUACUAGCACCACUGGAUCUGACCUGCUUCAGUCGCAGAUCCUAACCCUUCAAUCAGGAAAUUCAAACUCUUCUUUUCCACUUUCAGGGUCUAAAGCCUGCCCGUUUUGCCCAUCAUCUCGUCCUCCGUUCUCUACAAUUGCGUCCUUAAACCAGCAUCUCUCGUCGCCAGCUCACGACCCUAGGGUAUUUCAUUGCCCAGUAUCCCUCUUCUCCUCUACAGAAAAGUCGAAAGCAAAAUCCUUCUCUACGCUCAGCGGCCUAACGCAACAUCUCGAAAGCGGAGUAUGUGGAGAGGGGCUAGGAACGCUUCGGAAGGCAGCUGAGCUUUUAGAACGGAAACUUUAUGAGAUGGGGAUGAGAAAGGUUAAAAUUUUGAAGUAG